ACUGUGCUACCAGAGGCACAGAUAUCCUCAAAUCACCUUGAACUGAUAAUACAGCUCCCUGGCCCUCCUUUUGUGUAUGAAUAUUAUAUGAAUUUGUCUGCACCCAACACUGCUGGAGAAAUUAUACUCUUUAGCCAGGAUUGCACCACCUGACAUCUGUCGGGAAGCAGCAGCCAGCAAUGAAAGGACCAAGGCAUUGACAUCUCCGGUCCAUCCUCUGUUAGGAUAUCAGCCAGCAUGCCAAUGAUUUAAAUCAAGAAACAGCUUCCUAAGAUCCACCCAGAUACUCUCAGGAACACCUCAGCAAGCGAGAGUCCAAAAGUGGCAGGUUAAAGCCUGGAACCUCAAUCAGUGACUGAUACUGUAUGGGGAACUCCCUCCUGGACACAUAGAAGACUGGGCAACGUGGAAGGCUCUGAACAGACUGUGCUCUGGUACCACGAGAUGCAGAGUCAAUCUCAAGAAAUGGGACCACAAAGUGGAGUCCAUGGCAUGCGAGUGUGGAGACCAAACCACAGACCACUUACUGCAACGCAACCUGAGCCCUGCCACAUUUACGAUGUGUUGGAUUAUGGUUGUGUAUGUAUGAAAUGUAAAACAUGCAAAAUAAGAAUAGACACUGAAAAAAAACCCUCAUGUUUAUAAUUAAAUGAAGCUCUUUUUUUCCUCCAGCACGAAAGCAAAGUGUUUUUUAAAAUGCACAUCACCCCCAGCGCGUUUAUAACAAGGGGCAUUAAAACCUCAGAGCAGCCCCCUUCUGCUUGUUACAGUUUUGAAUUCCUCCCUAAUGGUUUGCAGUAUGAGAGAGGAUGCGAUGUACUUUAUUGUAUUGCCUACUCAGAUCUCCGCUUCCUGUGUGCUCACUCCUUUGCAGUUUUUAUUGUGCCUUCAGAGUAAAUUUGAUCGGCACAGGAAGUGCCAUUAGAUAUCGAGCAGGGAGUCAAUAAAGAGAGGCUCGGUUUCUAAAAACAGUGCAUCGCCGCUUCCCUCCUCGCCCCAGAAUUGCAAAAGAUUUUUCUUCUCGCUUCACCCCCCCCUGCCUUUCCAACCCUCUCAUGCUGCAUUGCAGAAAUAACAGCACACAUGCACAUACUCACACAAGCGACAUGCUGUUUUUUCCUCAACGGGAAUGAAUUAGAUCUAUUGGCAUGGUAAUGAUUGAUGUCUUCAUCCAUUCACUACCUAGCAGUACAUUAAGAACUGCCCCUUUCACCAAAAGUCACAUUUUGCAUGGCUACUAGUUUAGUAUAUUUAUGGUGCAUGAGUCACUGGGCUUCCUCCUGAUUGGUGGAGAAUUAAACACCCCUGGGACUGUCAGUCAGUUCCAGCCAUUCUCGGCUUCAUUCACAGAUUUAUUUAGCUUGCACACAGCGAAAUUCAUUCAGAAAACUUCAUUCAUAAAAACGGCAACAUUCUCUCUCAUCUUUCACAGAAAUAAGCUGCCAUGACCUGGAGAUUGAGGAAAAUCUACAGAUGACUCAAAAAGGCUGCCAGAGACGUUUCCCGAGAAUCUUUUCAUUCAUAAGAUCGUGCUUCGGACAACCUGAAGCCCAGUUCUGCCGGAUCAUAAAUCUACGAGGACUAUUUUGGGGGGAGAUUUCAGUGCUAAGGGGAUCUUUUCAGAAUCAGCUAGGUUCUUAUCAACAGAAACCGAGCAUCAGCUACAUGGGAUUUCCCCACCUACGUUUAAAUUGCUUUGAAAUUGCAAAUUAACAAUAUUUUCCUACAGCAGAGCAGUUCAAGAGUAUAAAGGUUUGGGGCUUUUAUUUUGUAGAGGGGAAAAAAAUCUCUAAUUGUCGUAGACAUGUUUCUGCUGUCUCUUUCAGGGCACAAAGUACAGUUUCUCUAUUUUGUUUUAUUUGUUAACUGCCGUCAGAGCUUUACUGUGUUUAACGAUACAGGAAUAUGGCAGUGAGUGUUCAUAGCUGAGGGCAAUUCAGAGCUUGCUUGCCAGUGUUACGACCGACCGAGAACAGCUUUUCAGAUUAAACAGCUGCAGCUUUCUUGAGUUUACCUGCAUCUGUGUUUCAUUUAGAUUUAAUUCCAAAGAGCCAGAUGUCAGGACAUAACGAAACUGGGUUUAUUGAAAGGAGGAAGCCGCUCGAGAAACCGUCGAGAACACCGCUGGUGAACCGACCUGCUCUCUUCUUCUUCCUGUUCAAAAUUGUUCUGCUUUGCUUAAUUCCUUAUUACUUUCUUUCAUUCAUAAGAAGGAAGCUGACUUAGGAGGGGAAAGGCACCCGGCGACAGAACUUGGAAGGCUAUGAGAGAACGCGUUCCACAAAGCCUCAGUGGACACAUACUGUAUGUAGGACUGGCAAGAGACCCAGGGAUGCUUCACAGGGCAAAGUACAGUCGUUUCAGGAAUGAGUCCGUCACACCGUUGGAGGAAGAUGCACACGGCGGUCCUCUCCACCUCAAAGCCUCGGCAUCCUCUCCAGCCUCGGCACCCAACAUCCCCAUCGAAGAGGUUGCCAUCGGCACCCCGAACAGCUCCCUGGCUUUGGGGACUCUGAUACCUCGCAUGGCUAACAUUAAGCUGGCCAACCCUUCUGCUCUCCCGAGCUUCAAGAACUUCUGCCUACGGACUAAAGAGGUGCCGAGGAUCAAGCUCACAGAAUGCACAACCGUCCCAGCCAGCCCAGCCUUGCCGGACAUCAAUUCGUCCACCUGCCUCUCCACUUCGCAUUCGCGGAGCGACGAGAAGACCCCCAAGGCGAACCCAAACCUCCAAGGGGACAGUUUCUUGCUGAGCUCUGAAGACUCUGCCAUCCUAUCGAAACUGGACAAAGAUCUCGGACACAAGGGUGAAUCGCGUUUGGAAGCUGGGAUAUCGUACACCGUCCGGUAUAUGGGCUGUAUUGAAGUGUUGCAGUCAAUGAGGUCUCUGGAUUUUGGCACUCGGACGCAUGUUACCAGGAGCGGGUUAUUAGGCCGCAGGGAAGCAAUAAGCCGGUUGUGUGAAGCUGUUCCCAGCGCACAUGGGGCCACAAAAAAAAGAAAGCCUCCAGCUAAAUUUCUGUCUCCUGUGCUUGGUAAAAGCAACCUUCAGUUUUCUGGCAUGAAUAUAAAACUAACCAUCUCAACAACUAGUCUUACUCUGCUGAAUGUUGAGACACAACAGAUUAUUGCAAAUCACCACAUGCAGUCUAUUUCAUUUGCCUCUGGAGGUGAUCCUGACACAACGGACUACGUCGCCUAUGUUGCGAAAGAUCCCGUGAAUCAAAGAGCCUGCCAUAUACUGGAAUGUCCCACUGGAGUGGCCCAGGAAGUGAUAAACACCAUUGGGCAAGCUUUCGAGCUCCGGUUCAAACAAUACUUGAAGAAUCCUUCUGCUGUGAUUACUUCUAAUGAAAGAGAAGUAGUGAACCUUGGUGGAUCCACAUGGAAUAUUCAGGAGAAAGAGGGUCACGAAUACUAUAACGAAAUCCCCGGGAAAGAGCCUCUCGCAGGCGGAUUGUUAGAUGCCAGAGUGAAGAUCCCCUCAGAAGAAAGGAUUCACUGUCCCUUGCACUAUGAAAAGCAAUACUCUCCAACGGAGAGCCCCAAAUCCAUGAAUAUUUAUGAAAACUGUCCAGAGGAUUGCAAGUCAGCAGAUCGUUGCAGAGAAAAAGCACAGGCAGGGAAAAAAGAUGCUCCGUCGCUGACCAACACAAGCAAACUAGAUCUUUUUGAUGAUCCCCAGUAUAUCAAUACUCAGAAUGUACAAACUACCCCUUGUUCUGCCAGAAGCCCCCCACCGUUACCCGUCUGCAGAAGUCCUGUUCAUCGCUCAGAGUCAACAGAAGCUGUUGAGCAGAUCCCUUCCAGCAACGCAGCAGGUCCUGGAGGUGUGACAUCUGUGAAACAACAGCUACAGGAUGAAGAAUGCUACCACGGAAAGUUAACCAGAAAAACGGCAGAGAGCCUCUUAGUCAGCGACGGAGAUUUCUUGAUACGGGAAAGUACAAGCUCACCGGGCCAGUAUGUUCUGAGUGGGCUGCAAGGAGGGCAAGCAAAGCAUCUGUUGCUGGUGGAUCCAGAAGGCAAGGUCAGAACCAAAGACCAUGUAUUUGACAGCGUGAGUCAUCUCAUUCGCUACCAUAUGGAAAAUAAAUUGCCCAUCAUCUCCUCGGGAAGUGAAUUGAAUCUGAGUCAACCAGUGAAAAAAGCAACUGGGCACCCACAAUACAAGAAAUGAUUCUCUUGGCUCACAGCAACAUCUCCAAAGACAAUUCCUCCUCCUUCAUCAAAAACUCCAGCGAUUAUUCCGAAACUUGUGACUGAAGAUUUCUUUUGGCACGUGUGUACAUAUCCAAAUGUUUUCAUCCGCUUACAUGUAUGACAGUUCUACCUGAUCAGCUGGAAGUGUCUUUACUUUAGCAAAACGAAGCCCCAGAGAAUGAGAAAUCGUGCAACAAAAGAUUUGUAGAAUCAGUAAGAUCUGUAAAAAAAAGCACAACCGAACCUUCAGAACCAUGAACAAAACUGACUUGAAGAGACUUCUGGAUGUUAGUAUGUGCCUUUUCAUCUAGGAAUCAUGGUGAAAUAAAGUGUUUCUACCAGAUCUUUUUUAAAUAAUAAUAAUAAUAAUAAAUAAUGUAUAUUUAAGACAUGUUUGCUGAAAAGAAUUCCCAGGUCAAUUUGAAUAGGAAAACUAUAUAUAUAUAUAUAUUUUCAUUGUGAUUGUAUUGUUCUCUUUGAUGGAUACACUCACUAAUGUUUCUUGUCGGUUUCCUCAAAAUGUAAAUAUGCUUAGGAGAAAGUCCUAGUUCGAAGAUAAUUUCACAUACAGGUUACUAAAGCUAACAGAUUCAUUUGUGAGCACCACCAAUGUCUCUAUUCCUAUUUUUCAUUGGCCUUAUUGCUCUUUUCUAAAUGACGGCACAGUGUCUGCUAUGUUUAUAUAUGUGAAUGAAGUAUAAUUUAGAAACAGAAGUUAACACAAAGUUAGCUUUAGGUUUGAAAAAGUCUAUCCCAGGCAUGGGCAAACUUGGGCCCUCCAGGUGUUUUGGACUACAACUCCCACAAUUCCUAACAGCCGGUAGGCUGUUAGGAAUUGUGGGAGUUGUAGUCCAAAACACCUGGAGGGCCCAAGUUUGCCCAUGCCUGGUCCAUACCAUGCCUUUAUCCCAUGCCUUUAUCUUUUGCUAAUAUGGUGAUUUUUGCAGAUCAAACUUCUAUCAAAGGCAAGGAAAGUUGAUCAGAAUAAGGGUUGUUUAGUAUUCAUUAUUACAAUUCUGCACCCAUGGAUUAUACCAAUCAUGGCUUGGAAAUAUUUGGAAAAAAGAAAUCCAAAAAAAGCACUACGUUGUGUUGUCGAAGGCUUUCAUGACCGGAAUCGCUGGGUUGCUGUGAGUUUUUUUUUUGGGCUAUAUGGCCAUGCUACGGCAGCAUUUUCUCCUGACAUUUCUCCCACAUCUAUGACAGGCCUCGUCAGAGGUCGUGAGGUUUGUUGGAAACUAGGCAAGUGAGUUUUUAUUUAUCUGUGGAAUAAUGUCCAAGGUGGGAGAAACAAACUCUAGUCUGCUGGAGGAAAGAGUGAAUGUUUAAAUUAAUCACCUUGAUUAGAAUUGUAAAGCCUUGCAGCUUCAAAGCCUGGCUGCUUCCUGCCUGGGGGAUAAUAAUAAUAAUAACUUCAAAGACUCUGGCAGAAACCAGUGCAGGUGGUCCCGGUGGUGAUGGGCACACUGGGUGCCGUGCCAAAAGAUCUCAGCCAGCAUUUGGAAACAAUAGACAUUGACAAAAUCACGAUCUGCCAACUGCAAAAGGCCACCCUACUGGGAUCUGCGUGCAUCAUCCGAAAAUACAUCACACAGUCCUAGACACUUGGGAAGUGUUCGACUUGUGAUUUUGUGAUAUGAAAUCCAGCAUAUCUAUCUUGUUUGCUGUGUCAUAAUAAUAAUAAUAAUAAUAAUAAUAAUAAUAAUAAUAAUAAUAAUAAUAAUAAUAAAUUUAUUUUUGUAUGCCACCUCCAUCUCCCCAGCUGGGGACUCGGGGCGGCUCACAUGGGGAACAAGCCCAAUAUAAUCACAUAAAAAUCAUAAAAUAACAAUUUAGACAUUGGACAACACAACUUAAAAACAAUUUAAACAAGUCAUAGUUAAAAUCGGCAUAGUUAAAAUGUUAAACAGUCAUCCAGGCAUUAAAGGUCCAAUAUAGGAUAACAUCUGGGCAAUAAUCAAAACUGAUUUAGGGAUUCAUUGUUGGGAGGUGUUAGCUGGCCCUGAUUGUUGCAUGUCUGGAAUUCUUUUGUUUCCUGAAUGUUGUUCUUUAUUUACUGUCCCGAUUUUAGAGUUCUUUAAAUACUGGUAGCCAAAUUUUGUUCAUUUUCAUGGUUUCCUCCUUUCUGUUGAAAUUGUCUACGUGCUUGUGGAUUUCAACAAACGAUUCCCCCAGGCAGGAAGCAGCCAGGCUUUGAAGCUGCAAGGCCGUUCAGUGCUAAUCAAGCUGGCCAGUUGCAACAUUCACACUUACCUCAAAAAGACAAGAGUUCUUUUUCCUAACCUGGACAUUAAUCCACAGAUAUAUAAACCCCACUUGCCUAGUUUCCAACAGACCUCACAACCUCUGAGGAUGCCUGCCAUAGAUGUGGGUGAAAUGUCAGGAGAGAAUGCUUCUGGAACAUGGCCAUACAGCCCGGAAAACUCACAGCAACACAUUGGACCUAAUGUCAGUUCUUAUCUUGCUUCCCACUACAUGUUUCUAAAAAGGAAACCAAUUCUGUGCUAUUUUGCAGAGUAAGUGGCUUUUAAAUAAAAUAGCAUUUUUUUCCUUUUGUUUUCUUUCUUACUUUGUUUUCUACUAUUCUGGCUGUACAUUUUCCUUAUGCUGCUUCACUAAUUUCUUGUGCCCUUUUCAGCUCCAGUAAUUCUUUUUCCCAGGAAAAGGUUUUUUUAUAUAAUAAAUAAAUAUUCAUGCAA